ACACAUUGAUAGCGUCAUUGACGCUAGCGUAAGCCGUAAGGUGUGUAGGUAUUUUAAUAACAGCCCCAAGGAAAAAAUAGAAAGUGUGGAAACUGAUGUAAAUAUGUUUGCGAGAUGCAGUUAAUCUUCUAUUCGUUGUAAAAAUAUGAAGUGAUUGUUAAUUUGCAAGAAAUGUACAGAAAAUUUUAGUGCAAAGUAAAGAAAAUUGAGAAAAAGACUAAAUAAAUGAAUUAUAUUUACCAGUGCUAGCUACAAUACUACUCAUUAAAAGUCAAUUGACGUUUGAAGGUACAUCUGAUGUAUAUUUGAUUUCUGUUAUGAAAGUGUUGGAUUAACCUACGCAGUUUGUAGCCCCGUUGCAAGAGCGACACUUGUCAUGUAACUCUUUUCUGCACCUUUCAAAGCCAAGUCAUAACCUCGAAGAAAUUUUUCGUAUCAUUUUUUCACGUAUUUUCAGGAUUCAAUGGUUGUGACAAUCGUUAAAAAUUAAAGAAUAAUCAGCAAGAUGUGCGACAAAAUAAAUAGCAAUCCAUUUGCUGCAUUGCUUUUACCAACGAUCAACGACACAGCAACUUUUUCUGCUCCAGCUGAAGUAGCUGUCAACAAGCCUAUCAAUGAAAGUACAAACAUCGAGGAGGAAUCCAUACAGCAAAUCCAUAAGGAGAACGAAAAUGUAAAAGCCACUUUGAAUUCUGAUGAGUCCAGUAAAGAUGAACGGCUUGAUGAACUGAUUGCUGAUGUUUUUGGAAUAACACUGCAUCAUGAGAAAAGAAAAAAGCCAACGAGACAGUUAGUGUUUAUUGAUACAGACUCUGUAGAACAUGCAAUAUUUGAAAGACUGUUGCUAUCAGAACCUGAAUCUAUGUUAAUAUCCAAGGAGAAUACCAAAGGUCAAGAUUUAGACAGUCAUGUAGUUCAAAGUGAAAUUGUACCAUAUCUAUUUGAAAGUUACUGUCGAUUGCAAAGAUAUAGAGUUAGCGAUGGUUCCUAUGAUACAGUAGAAAAUAUACGAAAGAUCAUUAUGCGUGAUAUAAGCACUGCCUUGCAAGAACCAGCUCUUUUUGUAGAUCAAGAGGUACAUACACAGUUUGUAUCUUUAUUUAUGAAUGGAGGAAUUGUUGGUUCUGAACUGUCAUCUUUUAUUGGUGGAAUAGUCGAAAAUUUAUGCUCAGAAAAUGAAGGUUCUGAGGCAGAAGUUAUAAGCACAGCUUUUAGUCCAAUUCUAGAUGUCAUUCAUAAAGAGGCUGCCAGCAGUAAUCUUCUUCUUUUUAAACAAUACUGGUUUUGUAUUUUACAAACGUUUGCUUCGUUUGAACCUCUAGCAAAACUUAUCAUUAUACACAGCAGUGUCAAGAGUAAAGUUGGUAAAGCUUAUGCUGACACAUUAUUAGGAGCUCUGUUGAGUCUGAGCUGUCUCCCUAAGACAGGAAAUGGUCCGUAUGACUUCUUUGACAAGCCAUUUGAACAGCAAAAUUCAGCAGUCGAUGGGAAUAUCUGGACUGCAUUGGAUGCACUGAGUGAAUCAAUGCAUAAAGUUUUCCAUAGUUUGCUCAGAUGUUCACGUGAAGCACGUCAUUUGACUCUAUUAUGGUUAGGAGACUGUUUAAAUAGUAAUGCGAGUCGCGGAAAAUUAUGGAAUUCACAUAAUAACAUGGGUGUAGCUGAUCUUACAACAGUAUCCGAUGGGUUUAUGCUUAACUUAGGAAAUGUGUUGCUGAGGUUGUGUCAACCCUUUUGUUCAAAACCAAAUGAUACCAAGAUUUUAAAAGUGGAUCCAACAUAUUGUGCUGCUGAAGCUAAGGAUGAAAAUGAAAGUCGUGAGAGAGGCUUACACAUGAAAGGAAUGCAUUCUCAAACAUGUCUAAUUCCAGCAGCAGAGGGAGAAACACGCCCAGUUGCCACUUCUUUUAAUUUUGUCACAGAAUGUUUCUUUCUAACUCAUCGUGCUCUCGAUCUUGGAUACCGCAUAAUUCUAGAAAAGCUGUUCAAAAUAAGUCAAGAUUUAGCUAGAAUACAGAGAUUAUACAAUGAUAGUCAAUUUGGUGGUAAUGCUGAGGUCAACCAAUACAUAUCUCGAAGCAUGGAAACUGAAAUGACAAAGUACUUAACAUUCAGGGCAAGUUUAUUAACGCCUGAAUUGCUUAGUUUGUUGGCAAAGUUUCAUGCUGCAACUGCUUACUGGUUGAUGCAAGUAAAUGUAGAUGUAAGGCCACACGAGUUGAAUCAAGACAAUUAUGCUCCUAAUGAAUAUAAACCCAUUACAUUCCCUUUACCUGAAUCAGUUCCUAAAAUGCUGAGGUGUAUUCCCGAAUUCGUAGUUGAAAAUACCAUUAGCUUUUUAUGUUUUCUUCGACGAUGGUGUCCUAAUGUUUUCGAAGAACAGGGCCCAAACUUUUUAAAUCCUGUUUUAACAGAGGUAACUGCUUUAAUGGAAUCUCCAACCCGACUAUACAAUCCGCAUUUACGUGCUCGCUUGGCAGAGGGACUUGAAGCUCUUUUACCAAAUAAUGAUGAAGCGAAUAGUCAGUCUCCACAAACUCUUGGAACAUUCCAUAGACAACAACUUUUUGUCUCUCAUCCACAUAAGCAAAUAAUUGUACCAAACUUACUGCACGUAUUUGUUAGUAUCGAGAUGACUGGUCAAAAUGUUCAAUUUGAACAAAAAUUUAACUAUCGCCGACCAAUGUAUAUAGUGAUGGCCUAUUUGUGGAAAAUACCGGAACAUCGAAAUAAUUUUAAGCAAUUAGCGCAAGAAGCAGAGGCCAACAUGGAAGCUGUACAACCACCUCUGUUUCUAAGGUUUGUCAACCUUUUAAUGAAUGAUGCUGUGUUUCUGUUGGACGAUGCACUUUCAAAUAUUGCGCAGUUGAGGCAAAUGGUCAACGCAAGAGAGAGUGGAGAAUGGGAUAAACUUUCUCAACAAGAAAGAGAACAGCAAGUUUACUAUCUCGAACACAUUGGAAUGAUUGCUAGAUUUGAUAAUAUCUUAGGAAGGGAAACAAUACAGACGUUAAAAAUACUAACUUCUGAAAUAAAAUCCAUAUUUUGCCAUCCAACUAUGGUCGAUCGAAUUGCCUCGAUGUUGAAUUAUCUACUUCUACAACUCGUUGGUCCAAAUCAGAAAAAUCUUAAGAUCAAAGAUCAAAAAGACUUAUACGAUUUUAAUCCAGCCAAACUUGUUCUAAACAUAUGCGAAAUCUAUAUAAAUCUAAGUCAAAACGAAAACUUUACACUUGCUGUGUCACAAGAUGGAAGGUCUUAUAGUCCCGAAUUGUUUAAAUUAGCUGACGGUGUCUUGGUGAAAAUCGGUGGUGUGGGAAUAUUGGGCGAUUUAAAUGAAUUUGCGAAGAAAGUAGAAAAAGUGGCCUUUCAAAAGAAGGAAGAGGAAGAAAUUUUGGUCGAUGCUCCAGACGAUUUCCUAGAUCCUAUUAUGUCCACUUUGAUGAUGGAUCCCGUUAUACUGCCAUCGUCGAAAACCGUUGUCGAUCGCCAGACGAUAGCAAGGCACUUGUUGAGUGACCAAACUGAUCCAUUCAACCGAUCCCCGCUAACGAUGGACAUGGUCAAACCGGAUGUUGAUCUCAAAAAGAAGAUAGAAGCGUGGAUAGAUCAAAAGAAGAAGGAACGAGAUGCUUCGACUGGUGAUAGUUAAUAGUACGCAACGUUGUGGGUUUUACAAAAGGUGAACGUUGCAGUUGUUUUUAUUAUUAAACUGUAUUUUUAGUCAACAAGUUGGUGAUUUACACAAAUCUUUUAAUUGUGCAUGUCAUUUGUAAAAUAAAAAAGAGAAACGAUUUACGUUACAAUUUGUACAUUGUAUCAGUGCAGUCGAGUGAAUAUAUAAAAUAAAUAUAAGAGGUUACUUUGUUUCAUAAGCGGGAGUCAAUGAAAUUAACGUGGUUUUAGCGUCAUAAAUGUAUUUUAUGUAACUCUCGUACAAAAAAUCGUUAUUGCACACGGUAUUUUUGAUAACAAUCAUUAAAAAUUCGAACUCGCCAAAAUAUUCGACCUUACAGUACGUGCGAUGCCAUCGUGCAUCUCUCUGUAACAAUGUCACUAUCUCAAAAAUACUGUCAGUAAUAUUUACA